UUUGUCUACUUCCGGCCUUCUCUCCACGCCGGAGCAGUCAGCAUGGCGGACGAAAGGAGCUCCGAUGAGUCCCAGCAGGAGGAGAACAGCGAGCCGGAGGAGGCCGCAGGAGGAGAGGAGUUCAGGCUGGAGGAGGUUCUGCGGCUCGGAGGAACCCAGGCAGAUUACGUCCUCCUGGCGGCCCUGGACGACUCCGCCGAGCUCGUGGAUGGAGGGAUGAAGGGCGCCAUCGACGACCUGGAGGAGGGGGAGCUGGAAAAGUUCAUCACCAAGCUGGGAAUCCGAGGCCACGCCGGGCUGAGUGUCCCAGACGAUCAGGAGGGCGGCGGCGCCGCGCAGCAGGAAAAAAACAGCAAAAAGGUCACCGCUACGCCCGCGGCUGAUCAAGAGUCCGCCGCUAAGAUUAAAAAACAGAAGAAGGAAGAUGGCCAGCUCCCAGCUGGGAAAAAGUCCAAGCAGAACCUGAACGUGUUUGAGUUCCAGCCGCGGCAGGUUCUGCUCAUCAAACCCGGCGGGAAGUGGUUUGAGCUGGAGUACGCCUCGGAGGGAUCAGAGGCGCCGCAGGACGGCGCGCUGGUGUCCCGCUACAAGGCGCUGGCUCAGCAGCUGUUCGAGUCCGAAGUGCAGCUCUACAGAACCAAGAAGAACCUGCAGAAAGGAGCCAACUCCACCUGGAUCAAGACGGUGGUGUCCUCCGGCGUGCUGGCAGACAGGAUGGCGGCCAUGACGCUGCUGAUCCAGGACGCUCCGGUCCACAUGCUGGAUCACGUGGAGACCCUGGUUUCCAUGGUGAAGAAGAAGGGCAGCCGGCGGAUGGGCCUGAUGGCUCUGGACACGAUGCGGGAGCUGCUGCUGUCCAACCUCCUGCCGGAGGACAGGAAGCUCCGCCCCUUCGCCCAGCACCCCUUCGACCAGCUGGAGGAGCGGGCGAGCGGCAACAGCGACGCCCGCGACCGGCGCCUCAUCCUCUGGUACUUCGAGCACCAGCUGAAGCAUCAUGUGGCCGAGUUCGUGGCGGCGCUGGACGUGGUCGCCCACGACACCGUGGCGGCCACCAAGGCCAAGGCGCUGGCGGCGGCCCACGAGCUGCUGUUGGGCCGCCCCGAGCAGGAGAGGGCGCUGCUGAGCCAGCUGGUCAACAAGCUGGGAGACCCCGACUAUAAGAUGGCGGCCAAGGCGGCGCACCUGCUGGAGACGCUGCUUCACCGCCACCCCAACAUGAAGGCCGUGGUGUGCUGCGAGGUGGAGCGCCUCAUGUUCCGGCCCAACAUCGGCGCCAAGGCCCAGUACUACGCCGUCUGCUUCCUCAGCCAGGUGGCGCUGAACCACGAGGAGGCGCCGCUCGCCUCCAAGCUCAUCGCCGUCUACUUCUCCUUCUUCCGCGUCUGCGUCAAGAAGAAGGACGUGGAGUCCAAGAUGCUGAGCGCGCUGCUGUCCGGCGUCAACCGGGCGUACCCGUACGCCGCCGCCGGCGACGAGAAGGUGAAGGAGCAGCUGGACACGCUGUUCCGGGUCGUCCACCUGGCCAAGUUCAACACGGCCGUUCAGGCGCUCAUGCUGCUCUUCCAGGUCCUGGACUCGCAGCAGAGCGUGUCGGACCGCUUCUACGUGGCGCUGUACAGGAAGCUGCUGGAUCCGGGUCUGUCGGGUUCGUCCCGCCAGAACAUGUUCCUCAACCUGCUGUACAAGGCGCUGAAGGCGGACGUGGCGCCGCGGCGCGUCAAAGCCUUCAUCAAGCGGCUGCUGCAGGUCGGCGCCGAGCAGGGCGCCAGCUUCGCCUGCGGGGCGCUCUUCCUGGUGUCCGAGGUGAUGAAGGCCAAACCGGGCCUCCGAGUUCUGCUGGACCAGGGAGAGAACGGGGCGGAGGAAGAGGAGGAGUUCAGGGACCUAAAGGAAGAUGAUGAAGAGGAGCGGAUUGUGGAGGAAGGAGUCUGCGAGGCAGAACCUCAGAACCGGCCCGCAUCAUCAUGGGUCCACCACCAGAACCUGGAAGGGCGGAGCUCUGAGGGCUACGACCCGCUGCACAGAAACCCGCUGUUCUGCGGCGCCGACCGCUCCACGCUCUGGGAGCUGCACAGGCUGGCUCUGCACUUCCACCCGUCCGUGUCCCUGUUCGCCAGAACCAUCCUGCAGGGAGAACCGGUUAAGUACUCAGGUGACCCGCUGCAGGACUUCACCCUCAUCCGGUUCCUGGACCGCUUCGUCUUCAGGAAUCCCAAGCAGCUCAAAGGGAAACAAAACACGGAUUCUGCAGCCAUGAGGCCCAAACAGAGGUUCCCCGUCAGCUCCUUACCAGUAAACUGCGCUGAGUUCCUGUCCAAAGACGAGAGCCAGAUCCCCGUGGAUGAGGUCUUCUUCUACCGCUUCUUUAAGAAACGGCAGCAGGAGAAUAAGAACUGGCGCCCACGGGCCAACGGCGACAACGAGAGCGUGGAAGACGUCGAUGACGACGAGUUUGAGAAGGUUCUGGAUUCCUGUGAAGGAGACUCGUUUUUCAUCGACAUGCCGGAUGAUGACGACCUGGACUUCGCAGGGAAUGUGAAGAGUAAGAAGGGGAAGAAGGAGCAGGAGGACUCGGAGGACUCCGACGUGGACGACCUGGACGAUGAAGAGGUGUCUCUGGGCAGCAUGGAUGAGGAAGACUUUGGAGACGACCUGGAGGAGGAAGGAGGGACCUUCAUGGAUCCUGAUGAUGAUGAUGAUGUUCCGGAGCUGGAGUUCAGCGAGGAUGAGGAUGUUCCUGAUGAGUCGGACAAGGACAGCGAGGUCCCGGAAAUCGCGCCUCGGAGCAGAACCAGGAAGAGGAAAUCCUCAGCGGACCUGGACUUCUCCGGAUCUUUAGAGCGUAAAAAGGAGAAGAAGAAGAAGAAACCAAAGACAGAUGGAGCCGUGUUCGCUGCUGCUGAGGAGUUCGGAUCCCUGCUGGACGAAAACAGCGACUCCAAGUUCGACAACAUCGGCCUGAACGCCAUGGCCAACACGGACCGAGCCGGCCUGAAGCAGCUGAAGUGGGAGGCUCAGCGGGACGACUGGAUCCACGGGCGGGACGCCAAGACGCUGCGCAGGAAGAAGAGCUCGUUCAACAAGAGGAGGCCGCUGGGCAGAACCCGCCCCGCAGGCGCGACCUUCAGGAAGAAGAAGAAGAAGUAGCAGCGGCGGCUCCGGCGUCGGACCCUCAGUCCCGUUUGUCGGCCCAGGCUUGGCGGUCGCGCUCUCUGAUGCAGUAGAUCCCCGCCCACUCGUUGGACUGGUAAUAAACUGGGAGGACAGAAGAAAGGCGUUAAAUCGACGCUCAUGUACAAAGUUUGAACAGAUUUCCUAAAAGUUUUUCAAUAAAGUCUGAAAUGUUUUCCUGAUCCGGGAUCCUGGUGGGAAAACAGGAAGUUAAAAAAAAUAAUAAAUAAACAAUUUCAUAUUUAC